UGAUAUUUUUUAGCAUAUGCAGAGGUUAUAAACAAAUCAUUAUUCUAACAGAUAACUUUUAUUUCAUUAUUGGAUCAAUCUUUAGUUCCUUUUAAGUUCAAGUUUUAGAUGUUAAUAAUUUGUCUUAUGCAUUUUUGAGAGAAAGUAUUUCAUAGCAAUGAAAAAUAAAAAGCGUGCUCGGAGAUAUGUCUUGUAGUGUUACAUUCGGCUUCCAGAGUAUUUAAUUAAACAUCAUCUCAUUCAAAUGUUAAUUUAGAACAAUUAAUUUCAAAUGAACAUUCACUCUGGUAUAAUGAAGUAUGUUGUCAUCAAAGCGUUUCUGUAUUGGAAUUAUGUGGCACCUGUGUUAAAUGCAUGUACAGAUCGCACUCCUCUUGGAAUGGCAAAUGGAUUGAUCACUUCCAGUCAAUUAUCAAACAGUUCAAUAUUUUCUACUGGAAGUGCGGACUUUUUUUUACCGUCGCGUGGAAGACUUUAUUCUUCAGGAACAUGGUGUAGUCGUGAAAGAACUUAUCAAUCAGAAUGGUUUCAGGUUUCUUUUUAUAAUCAAACAAUAAUCAAUGGAAUUGCUACUCAAGGUGAUCCAAAUUAUGAUCCAAAUUUUAUAGUGGAAUUCAGAUUAGAAUACUCAAACAAUGGGAAAGAUUGGACGCGUUUUCACAACGACAAGAAGUUCACAGAAAAUGUUGACAACACCAAUGUAGUAUACAACUGGUUUAUAACAUCAAUGGUAGCUACCCAUGUUCGUUUGUAUGUAACACGUGUACACAGAACCGAUGAUAAAGCUCACGCAUGUUUGCGAAUGGAACUUUAUGGUUGCUUAGAGAAUGAAAUACUCUUACCACUUGGUAUGUCAAGCGGUAUCAUUAAGGAUUCACAGUUAAAGUGGUACAAUGGACGCAAUGCGAAAGCAGCGAGAUUAUUUGUUGCUGGAGAGGGGAUGAUUCUAGAACGUAGCAAUAUGUAUUUGCAAAUUGAUUUGAUAAAAUCAAAAAGAGUUACUGGCAUAUCCAUGCAAGGUUCUCACAAAAAAUGGAAUAAACAGUUUGUGAAAAAAUAUAUAGUAAGUUAUUCAAACGACAGUGACAACUUUACACAGUUACAGCAGAAUUUUUUGGAGAAUACUGAUUUAGGUGCUGCUUUUAUUUCCAUAUCGCAGCCCACAACAAUGAAAUAUAUUAGAAUAACAGCAAUAACUUGUGAAAAGAACUGUGGUAUGAAGGUUGAAGUUUAUGGUUAUGACCCAGAAUGCUCACAAACGUUGACAGAUUUGAAUAUAUCAAAAAAAGAUGGUUCAUCUGUAACUAAUGUAACUAUUGACACUCAAGCCGCAUGGUGUGCAACUGAUGCUUCUGAUUAUAUACAUAUUAAAUUUAACAAACAACUAGCAAUCUCUGGAAUAAUUUUACAAGGAGACUCAAAUGAGGAUGGUUGGGUGGAGACAUAUACAAUAAACUAUGGCGUAUCCACAAACAGAGAAGUCAAGAAUUUAAUUGGAGUUAAUUCACGCAUAUCUCCAUUAUCUGUCAACUGGUUAUAUCCUUACAUUGUUACAAAUUACUUACGCAUAUUACCAACAUCAUGCAAGAAUAAUAAAUGCUGUUUGAGAUUUCAAUUAAAAGGAUGUCCCUUAGUUCUAGAAAAGCUGCAAACAAUAAAUGGAAACAUGUUGUCUUCAACUAUCACAUUUACUUGGAAAGCACCAUAUUCUCAUCCUCUCCCUGUCGACAAAUAUCAUCUUAUCAUAUCAGCAUCUAAGAAUUAUCCACACAAGCCAUUCUUUCAAACCAUCAACACUACAACAUCAAAUUUAAAGUAUAGUGUUUCAAAUAUAAGCUUCGCUGCUGCUAACGUACAGAUUAAUAUUACAGCAGAUAUUCAAGGUGUAAUGACAUCAGCUGAACCAUUUAACUUUGUAGUGCAACCCAAAGAUCCACCAUCACCUGGGUUAGAUAAAAGAGAUAUUUCUAAUAAAACAAACAACGCAACCAUUGUCACAUUGACUUCUUCAUCAGAUAGAAAUGGACCAAUCAGCUACUAUGAAAUUGUGAUAUCAACCUCCUCAACGGCCAACCUACCAAACCAGCUAAAAAGUCAAGCCGAAUCAGAAUUGAAGAAUCUAGAUUAUUUUCUUGCUGCUACUGUUAAAACUGAUGAUUUGUUAAGUAACAGUAUCCAAUAUACUUUUGUUGAGGGAAAAGAAUACAUUGCUAGUUUAAAUGCAAGAAUAUCAGCUGUUGGAACAUAUUACUUGUAUGCUCGAGCUGUCAUAGAUGGAAAGGAUCUUGCAAGCUAUGGUUUCAACAACGUUAAUUAUUUUGGGCAUUUAUCUGAAGAGAUUAUAAUUGAGCGCAAUGCCUUAGGAAGAAUUGUGCCUGAGAUUGUGAACAGUACAAAGACAUCCGUUAUGUUGGUGAAAGGACCUGCUACUUUAAAAUACCAUUAUAUUAUAAUCAUGAAGGUGAACAAAACAACUGGGCAUCUGAAAGAACCAAAAUUGUACAAACAGAAGGACCUAAAGACAUAUGAAACAGCUGAUUAUAAUGAACCUUACAUAGCUUGCAUAUUCAACAAAACACAGUUAUUAAAAUUGGAAGAAUUUAUUUUAGGUGAUAAUUCAACGUACUUAAAAUCAGCAGAUUCUCUUCGAAGAAGAAGGUCCAUACAAGAGUACAGAAAUGGACCAUUGACUGUGGGUGAAACAUAUGUCGUAUUUCAAAGACUUCAAGUGAUGGAUGUACUUUAUUCCACAGCAUGGUCAAAGGAAUUUAUUGCAUCCAAAAUUGAUCCAAAUCCAAGAAUUGAAAAUAAAAAUGAUCCAUCUUCAUCAUCCAAUAUAGAAUUGAUAGCAGGUGUUAUUGCUGCUGGUGUUGUUGUGGUGAUUGUAAUGAUCCUUGUUCUCAUUUUCGUUAGAAGACGGCGUAAAACGUUGAAGGACAAAUCUGUCAAUGAUAAUUCGACUUCCGCUAUUGAAUUAAAAGGCCAUGACGAAUUAAAAUCACAUAAUAACGCUUAUGAAAGCGAAGAUGCAGGACCAUCACAUGAAUCUUACUACAAUGUUGCAGCAAAACCUAGAUUCCCACCUCUUUCCCUUCAAGACUUUUUGUCAUUUUAUUUGGAACACAAUGAUAACGUCAGUUCUGAUAUUGUAAAGCAAUUUGAAAGUAUUCCAUUGGAACAUUUACAUGACUAUGAAGUAGGAUCAGAACCUGAAAAUAAAGUUAAAAAUCGUUACUUGAACAUCACAGCGUACGACCAUACUCGUGUUGUCUUGCAGAAAAUUAAUGGUAAAGAGACUAGUGAUUACAUUAAUGCAAACUAUAUUCGGAACUAUAAUGGACAAGUUGAAUAUAUUGCUGCUCAAGGACCAAAAAAGGGAACAAUUUUUGAUUUUUGGCGAAUGGUACUUGGUGAAAAACCUUCAGCUAUUGUCAUGCUUACAAAGAUAUCAGAAGAGGGCAAACGAAAGUGUGAGCAGUAUUGGCCAAUAAAUAAUGGAAAAGAGGUUUUCAAUGGCAUUGAAGUGGAAGUGAUUGACGUACAAGUAUAUGCUGACUAUGUAAUUCGUAAAAUAAAAGUGUGCUACGAAAACAAUAACCAUCACUUUACGCAUUUUCACUUUACCUCGUGGCCUGACCAUGGCUGUCCAGACUACCCCACGUUGCUGCUAAAUUUCUGCUAUCGGGUGAGACAGCUUAUCCCAUAUGAAAGUGGGAAGCAACUUCUCGUGCAUUGUAGUGCUGGUGUUGGUAGGACUGGAUCAUACAUCAUCAUUGACGCAAUGCUGCACUUGGUUAGAACAAAGCAGCUUGUUGAUAUAUACAACUACUUUGAAAGUAUUCGAGGAGAUCGUGUGCAAAUGGUACAAAGAAUUGAACAGUACAAAUUUGUUUACAGUGCUAUUUACGAAGCGCUAUGCUGUGGUAACACUGGAAUAAUGUCAUCAGAAUUUCAAACCACUUCCCGAGAAUUAAUAUCAAAAAAGCGUAAUGGAAAGUUUCUUCUGGAAAAUGAAUUUGAGAGGUUAAACAGCGUUAAUAUACCUUUUCGUGAAGAAAAUUAUAAAGCUGCUUUGUUGGAGAAAAAUGCUGCGAAAAACCGAUAUCCAAAUAUACUAGCAGGUGAUUUGUUUCGAGUGUAUGUGCCGCAAACCACAAAUUCUACCGAUUAUAUCAACGCUGUCUUUGUUAAUGGUUACAAAAAGAAAGAUGGUAUAAUAGCUACGCAAGCACCAUUAGUUGACACAUUGGGUGACUUUUGGGAGGCUGUCAUGGCAAACAAUGUGACAACAAUUGUAAUGUUAAAUAGCACUGAUGAGAAUUAUCAUAACUAUCCAUCUUUUUGUCCAGUUGAGGGAUCGGAAAAGUUUGGUAAUCUCACAGUGAACGUUGAAUCAAGCACUCGUGUUGGUGAUAUCAAUAUGCAGUCCUUCAUUAUAUCAAACAAAAAGAAUCAUCGUAAAGUUAAUAAAUUGCAAUUAAAUUGGCCAAACCAUGAUAUUCCUGAUUGUAGUUCUUUGCUCACUUUAAUUGGUGAAGUCUUAAAGUCGCAACAAUCUUAUGGAGAUGGCACCAUAUUGGUUACCUGCAGUGAUGGUGCAAACCGCAGUGGAACUUUCAUAGCGUGUAUGAAUGCAUUGGAUCAACUGAAAGUUGAACAACAUGUUGAUGUUUUUCAAACUGUACGAAGAAUGAGAUUAGUCAGGCCUGAGUUUGUUGAAAACAUACGACAGUAUCAGUUUAUUUACACCGUUUUAAACAAAUACUUGGAUUCGUUUGCAACGUACUCCAACUUCAAUUAAUUCUCAAAAACACAUGCAUUGCUUCAGAAAGACGACAUUACCGUAACAAAUUGACUAAUGAGGCGCCUUAUCUUCAUUUAAUAAUUAUGUUUCUUUUGGAACUUUUCGUAAAGCUUAAGCUCUACAUAAUUAUCAAAAUUUCGGGACUGCUUCCUCAAAACGUUAUUCAUAGAUUCUGCAAAUUUUGAAAGGCAUAUACUUGCAAAAUGUUAUGGAAUUGUUCACAUGAACGGUCCUUUAUAAUUAGCACUUUUUGAGGAGUGUCAAUUAAUAAUUUCUUCCUUUCAGUUUUUUUCAACAGGAAGGAGCACUCAUUCGAAUUUAGCCUUAUUUUAAGUUUGCGAAGUUGACACAAUUCUUUAUAUUAGCAACACAAAGUUUGAGCGGAAGUUUAAAGUUCAUAGUUUCUGUCUUCUGCAGAAUCAACUGUUGGUUACAUAUUCUCCAAAAUUGUUUCUGCUUAUCAUUUUUUUGAGAAAAAUUUACUUUUAAUUUUUGAACAUAGUUUGUUUUGUUCAUUUACAAUCUCCGUUUCUGCCUUUUUUUAUUCGCUUUUAGCUGAGCUUAAUCACAGAAACAGUUCUGUUUAAAAGAAUUUGAUGUUUUUUUUGUUAAAAAAGGGUAACGGGUAACUAAGGAUUUAUUCGUAUUAAAAUUGCGCAUUUUGGUAAAUAAUUUUGAGUUGUUUUUUGUUGUAGUAAUUAGUUGUUAUUAUUUAAACAUUUUCGGUGUAAUAAAGAGGUGUCGGAACCAAUUCUUGGGAUAUGAAAUUUUUGUUUUUGUCAAAGUUUCAGAACUGGUUUAACUGGAGGGUUUUCUCAAACAAAAAUGUCUAGAUCCUUUCUUGUAGCUGCUACAUGUUUCGCUUCGCACGCCUUUAGCUUUAAUGAGUCAUGGGUUAUCCCAUUUUAUCGGUUUACCAGAACAGAUUAUCGCAUUGCCCAGAUUGGUAAUUUGAAAUUUAUCCAUUUCUAUUUUCAGAUUAUUUUUUAUUUUAUAUUUAAAAUUUUUGAUACGUAUUUUAAUAUUCUUUUUUGUAUUUGCUAAGAAUGUACCUAGAUUUAUAUUGUUUGUACAAACUUUGAUACUAUAGAUAGCCGCCGCUUAACUCGAACAUACAAGAUAAAAAUGUUGUAUAAUCCUGAGUCCUCAACAAGUAUUUGAAAGCGAAAGCUUGUGUUGACAAAAGGUGAAAGACGAAAAAUAAGAAGCUUGGAAAUUUUCCAUCGAUAACAUUUAAAAGGCUUUAAAAAAUUGGCUUAUCAUUGAGAACGGGAAUGUUUUGAGUUGUUUGGUAUUCGAUUAAAGCAGCGGUUACUCUAAGCUAUAUAUUUUGUAAAAUGCACACAUUCAGGAAUAAAAUUUUUUCAGGAAGAGCAGUUUACUACAACUGCAUUUUAAUUUGAAUUACAACGGUA